AUUAUUAUUAUUAUUAUGGAGGUUCUGUGUUUUCCCUGUGGCGUACGUGCAGUCGUACGUCCGUGUUACUCACUCGGUUUCGCGUUUUCUGCUGAUCGUGUGUCUGUGUGUGUUUGUGUGUGCGAGAGGGAGUGAGAGCCUGUGCGAAUAUCAAUGUUUUCUCUUUCAGCGUAUUAUUGUACAAUCGAAGAUCUGUCAUUCGUCGCGAGCUUGCCGUCCGUCUUUUGAAAAUGACUUUGUAAUGGGGCGUAAUCGCAAGAAAAGAACAAAUCACAGUGUUCAAACCAUUAAUGUACCAAUGUCGCAACGUAGUGAUUAUGUUGACCUGUGUCGUAAUAUCAUUCGUGACAUGGACCAGUAUGGAGUGUGCGUGUUGGACAAUUUUCUCGGUUAUGAACGUGGUAUGACCGUUCUUGAUGAAGUAUUGAAUUUAUACAACAUGGGAGUGUUUAAAGAUGGACAGUUAGUUCGAAACAAAGCUAAUAAUAAUCUCAAAACUAUACGUGGUGAUCAGAUCAUUUGGGUAGAUGGUCGUGAGGAGUGUUGUAAAUAUAUUGGACAGCUUAUUAGUGAUGUUGAUGCUGUAGUCAUGGGAUCAAACCAAAUGAACGAUAAUGGAAAACUUGGGAACUAUACUAUUAAUGGCCGUACUAAAGCUAUGGUUGCUUGUUAUCCAGGACAUGGAUCUCAUUAUGUCAAGCAUGUUGAUAAUCCAAAUAAAGAUGGCCGAUGUAUUACUGCAAUAUAUUAUUUAAAUAAAGACUGGGAUAUUAAAGAAAAUGGUGGAUUAUUAAGAAUAUUUCCAGAAGGUUGGAGUGACCAAGUUGCAGAUAUAGAACCAUUAUUUGAUAGAAUUCUAUUUUUUUGGUCUGACCGAAGAAAUCCUCACGAAGUUCAACCAGCAUUUAAAACUAGGUAUGCAAUAACUCUUUGGUAUUUUGAUGGCAAUGAAAAAGAAGAAGCUGGAAGAAGAUUUCAAGAUGCAAGUGACUUAAAUAGCAUGCAUGUUCCAUAGUCCUAAAAAUACCAGUAAUAUCUCACCGACUGUUAAAUUGGACUCUUGAAACUCUGUAUUGAUCUUUUUUAAGAAUUAAUGUUACUCUCUAGGCGGUCUGUAAACUGAAAUUUACUCAGUUAUUAGAUCAAUGUUUUUAAUCUGUGAUUUCAUUAACUGAAAUUAGUAUAAUUGACUCCUUGUUACAAUUUCAAUGUAAUUUAAUCAUUAUUUUUACAUUUUAAACAAGCGGCUCAAUCUAUUUACUUUAGAUAAAAUUUAUAUGAAAUAUUUUCUUUUUUUUUGAAAGAGACUAAUGUUUAUAUAUUUAUAAAUAAAAUACAGUUUGAAUUAAUUACAAUUUUAAAAAUUUGUUUUGUUGAACAACUUUUAUACAGACUUGAAUUUUAG